UUGCAAAUUCCUUAACAUUUAGGUCCGCUUUUACAGCAGGGAGGUCUCUUCUGAGGAAAAAUGCUGAGUUGGUGCAGAGUAGCACAUACGCUAAAGAAUGUCAACUAUUAUAGUAAAAUCGCUGCAAGAGAGGUUUUCGACGUGGCUGUGGUGGGAGGAGGUCAUGCAGGUACCGAAGCAUGUGCAGCAGCUGCCAGAAUGGGGGCCAGAACUGUGCUUAUAACUCACAAGAAAUCAAAAAUAGGUGAGAUGUCAUGCAACCCUUCCUUUGGGGGCAUCGGUAAGGGACACUUAAUGAGAGAAGUCGACGCCCUCGAUGGACUUUGCAGCAGAGUGUGCGAUCUGUCAGGAGUGCAUUACAAGAUUCUGAAUCGCAGAAAAGGCCCAGCUGUUUGGGGUCCUCGAGCACAGAUUGAUCGCACCUUAUACAAGCAACAUCUCCAAGAAGAAGUUUUCCAAAUUCCAAACUUAACAAUAGUUGAAGGAGCUGUAGAAGACCUGAUCUUAAAGGAAAGUGGUACUGCUAAUAGCAGCCAAGAAGAAUUCUCAAGGCUGGCAGAAUGUUGUGGUAUUAUUCUUGAAAAUGGCGAAGAGAUUCGAUGCAACACUGUUGUCAUCACCACAGGGACUUUCCUAAAUGGAUCAAUUAACAUCGGGUUGGAUGUCAGACCAGCUGGCAGAUUGGGUGAUGCACCUGCUAUUGGAUUGGCAAAUACUUUAGAGAGAUUACAGUUUAAGCUCGGCAGACUCAAAACAGGAACUCCACCAAGAAUUGCUAAAGACACUAUAGAUUUCUCAGUUUGCUUGACACAAGAACCAGACAACCCUCCUGUGCCAUUUUCCUUUAUGAAUGAGAAAGUUUGGAUCAAGCCAGAAGAUCAACUCCUAUGCCACCUUACCUAUACAACAGCAGAAGUUGACAAGAUCAUCAGAGAAACCUUACACCUAAAUCGACAUGUGCAAGAAGAAACACGUGGACCCAGAUAUUGUCCUUCAAUAGAAUCUAAAAUCCUGAGAUUUAAAGGAAGAAGACACCAGGUUUGGUUGGAACCAGAAGGGUUGGAGUCCGAGCUGGUGUAUCCACAGGGCUUAUCGUGCACAAUGCCUCCAGAACACCAGCAAAAGAAGGCUGGCCUAGAAAACUGCCAAAUGGUUCCAGGGUACGGAGUGGAAUAUGAUUAUGUAGAUCCAAGAGAAUUAACUCCCCAGCUGGAAACGUGUCGUAUCUCCGGGCUUUUUUUGGCUGGUCAGAUCAAUGGUACAACUGGCUAUGAAGAGGCUGCUGCCCAGGGUAUUAUUGCAGGAAUAAAUGCUGCAGCAAAGGCAUUAAAAAGAGAAGGCAUAACUGUAGAUCGUACCGAGAGCUACAUUGGUGUCCUCAUUGAUGACCUAACGACACAGGGCACCUCCGAACCUUACCGAAUGUUCACUUCACGUGCUGAGUAUAGACUACAACUGAGGCCUGACAAUGCUGACCUUCGACUGACUGAAAAAGGAUACAAAGUAGGAUGUGUAUCAGAAGAGAGGUUCAAGAAGACAGUAUACAUGAGAGAGAAGCUGACAGAAGGCUUAAGUGUACUUCGAGAUGAUGUUCGUAGCUUCAGGACUUGGGCCCAGCUGCUCCACAGGCAGGAGCCCAAAGCACCUGUACUCAAGAGUGGCCUGGAGCUUCUUGGAACUGCAAACUGGCACAUUACCAUUGAAGAGAUGGCACAUGCUGAACCAGCCUACUGUCCUUUUGCAAGCGACCCCAAGGUAGCGGAAAGACUGAAGAUUGAAGCCUUGUAUGCUGAUCAUGUGGCAGCCCAGAGCGAAGAAAUUGAAGCGGUUCGCAGGGAUCUCUCUCUUGUCAUCCCUCUUGAUAUGGAUUACUAUUGUUCUUCCAUCAACAUAUCAAAUGAAAUGCGGAGCAAAUUGUCAAAAGCCAGACCAGCAACGAUUGCUGCAGCAACCCGUGUUGAAGGUGUCACUCCAGCUGCAAUCGUAACUUUGUUAAGACAUGUGCAGCGUCGGCAGAUAGAAUAUGCACAGAUGUUGUGAACAACAGUCAGCUUAUAGUAAUUUUAUGUAUUUAUUAAUAAAUUUUAUUUUGCUGUU